GAGACGCUCUCGACGGGCACGGGGUCCUCCUGGGGGGCGGUCAAGUUCGGCGGCGGCGCCGACGAGUUCCAUGCCGCCUACGAGGUCGAGGAGGAGAUCGGCAGGGGGACGUACGGCGUCGUCGCCCGCGUGCGCCACCGCCAAACGCGGGAGCUGCGUGCCAUGAAGAGGGUGCGCGCCGCGGCCCCGAGGCGGACCUUUGCCGAUGCCAGCCCCGUGGGCGAGGUUGGCGCCCUGGCGCGGCUGGAUCACCCCAACGUCGCGAGGCUCAUCGAGCACUACGCCACCCAGGACGAGGUGCUGCUCGUGCAGGAGCUGUGUUCGGGCACCUCCCUGGAGGCGCGGCUCCACAAGACGGGGCGCAUGGCCGCGGAGGAGGCGGCGGCAGUCAUGCGGCAGAUGCUGGAGGCAGUGAACCACUGCCACAAGCAGCACGUCAUCCACCGGGACCUCAAGGCAGGGCGGAUUUUGUCUUCGAGUCCGAGGAGAGUGAGGCGGCCGUGA